UUUGUUAUUGGACAUUCCCCAGAACCCUGUUCUGGUAUCGAAUUAAAAAACAUAAGCCACUCCAUUGACGUCCACACUGAAUACUGUUGCUGGUCGACAAGACUAGCGGUAUUCACAGACUUCUGAGAACAAUGGUUACAGUACGUAACCUUCAGUGUGCUCAGCCCUUGAGCGAGGCUUCACAACUGUAUAACCCAAGAGCAGGGUUCGGCAAACUCAAAGAGCCAUUUCGACCCGGUUUCCACAGGAAAGACAGCACUGGGAGCUGCAAACACUUUUGACAUCUCAUAUGUUAGCACAUACACAUAUUGUUUAUUUUGCAUCAGUUUGACAACAGCACAAUAAAUCCUCGGGAUUUUAAUGUCUUGAAAAUAUUUGUUUAAGAAUUUCAGUUUUAUAAGAAUUUCAAGUCCAUUCAGAGUAGUGGAAACCCUGGCCAUUGUGUAGUGAAAAACCUCCCUGAACCAAAGCAAACAGAUGCUUUUGUUUGCUUUUGUUCAGGGAUUCCUCCAUGUUUGUUGUUGUUUCAUUUUGUUUCAUUUCAUUUCAAACACGCAGGGAGAGGGAAAAAAAACGAGAACAGACAACAGUUGUAAAUAUACAACCCUGAGAAAACCGGGACAACAGAAAAUAUCACUCGGAUCUAAAACUCACAAGGCUAUAAUCAAACUAAGGAUGCUCGGUACAAGUAAAAACACACACUCACACCGAGGAAAAUAAAUACCAUGCAGGCAGAACUAAAAUAGCGAGCACACAAACACUCAAACACACUAUCACGGAGCAAGAGGAUAAGAGCAGACGGGAGGAGCGAGAGUAAAACCACGGAGCAAGAGAUAGAGCAAGGAGCGAAAACAGGGAGAAUAAACAAGGGACAAGCUUUCAGCUGCAUUUGCCAUUAAGAUGGAACACAACAGAUAAAAACAGGAAGCACGGAACCGGGAACACUGGGAGUAACAAAUUAAAAGCACGGACGGGACACGAAAGAAAACACAGCUCGGGUUUGGAAAUCCACCUCCUGUGUAUCUCUGUGCGUCCGUUCACUCAUGAGAAAGACUACCAAGAAACCAACAAGUGACAUCCAAGAAAUGUAUUCCCUGACAGAGGAGUCUAAUACAUGAGCAGAAUUCUGUGUCAGCAACUACGCCUGACUUAGCCUUAGCAGUCGUCCGGUAGAGCGACAAAAAACUAUCUGAGGUCUUGACCCCUUUAUACACCAAAGUUCUCCACGUGGACUCCGUCCUCAUCCGAUUGGUCCUCCGCUGUUGAUGCCAUGCCAAGGAUCACAAGACACGCUCCCCUCCUUUGGACCCAGGUGGUUCUUAUCUGCACCAGCUCCAUCCAGCCCUGGAGAAGACGGUACUUUCCAGCCUCCACCGUCUGACCUUGGACCUGUCUGCUCAUGCCACCAGUGUCUGCUUCACUCCCGCCAUUGUACUCCACCUGUAGCUUCUCUCUUUCUCACGCACACUCAACCAUCCUCUUCUCAUUCAGCAUUCACACACUUCCUUCAUUUGCAGCACAAGCAAUUCCAACAAUAUUAAUAUUGUAUAAUAAAUGCACAAUUCCCAUCGCCACCUGAGUCUGAAACUUUUGAAAACAUCUGGAGUAGACACUUUCAUAAAUGCAUUCAAUGAAUUCAAAGCAUUCACAUUUUUCAGUUGUCCUUUUGACAUAAUAGUUGCUGCAUUCUGCAAAGUUUGUCUAUAUUGUGCCUCUGAAAAGGCACAGUCCAACCGUGUUUCAAAGUUCAAAAUGUGUUCAUUUAAUAAAUGAAAUGUAAUUUCAUUUAUUAAAUGAACACAUUUUGAACUCCACAUCACAGAGUGGAAGUUAGGUGUCUUUCAAAUGAAUUUAAAGGCUGAACAUAACUUAUCCAUCGUGGAAAAAAAAAACAUACCGUGAUAAAUACAAUGGAAAAAAAGAGCAGCAUUUCACUGAACAAUGAAAAUAAACAUUGCAAAAUAACUGCCUGAAAAUUAAUUUCACCUGGUUAAUGGGACCUCUGCUCCUGAACCACUGCGCACAGCGUCUGCAAAUCAGGGCUGUAGGAAGCCAUUUUCGUCUGCAAGCUGCUGCCUGUGCGGCCCAGCAACAGUUAGAUCGCCACAUUAUUUAUUGAAGUAAAUCUGUCUGCCGUUUAACUCAGAUGUUUAUCAGCCUAAUAAAGGCGAAAUCAUGUGACUUUUCAAACACCCGCACACAUAGCGAGUCCCGGACCACUGCGCUGCACUCCUGUUCCCCAGCACCAGCCUCCUGCAGCUGAGGGUGCACACUUCAGUGUUCUGGGAGUUUGCAAAGUUGCAGACAGCGAUCAGACCCUUUACUGCCUGGCAUUUAUCAUGUUUAUCUGGAGUCAUGCUGUACACCUUGUUUCUGGCAUCUGGUGGCCUGAAGCAAGUAGGCGGUCAAAACCCGACUCGCUUGCGUUCACAUGUCGGACUUUAGAGCCCAACGCACAAGACAGAGUGUGCAGUGUGAAAAGCCCCUGAUUUUCCCUAGCCACGCAGAGCAACAACAUUAGCAUGAAAGAUCCGCGGGUUGCCAGCCCCUGCCCAAGAGCGAAGCAAGGGGAGAAAUGUACCCUCAGCUAGCAGCCACUGGCCAUGUAAGCAUGCCUCCGCACCUAGCGACGACACCGCCCCCUGCGGACCGAACCAGCAGCACACAAACUCCUAACAGAGAAACACUCUAGGCAUAGGAGAAGGUGGGAGACAACAGGUUUAGUCCCAAGCUCUUGCUCCGAGCGACUGUGAUGGCAAAAGUCAUAGAAUUUAUUUCGGGCCCUUUGAGGGUCCCACAGGGCUUCGGCUAUGCACGCUAAGUGAGGACGAACACCGGGGUUAAAUCACGGAACACAUGCUCUGAAGCCGGACACCUAGAUCUACCACAGCAAUGGGGGGUACAGCAAGAUGCUUGGUGAACACAGAAUAAGGCUCCUAACUAAACCUGAAAAAGAACACAGUUGCGACACCAAGACAGACAAUGUACUGGAAAAUGAUAACAGAGAUAACAUAUAUAAAAGCGCUUGCAUUGCAUUUACCAUGUGCAGCAAGUUUUAAAAUAAAUAAUUCUUCCUUGUACUCUUCUGUUCUUACUUGGUGGUAAUUCUGAUUCUUCCAUGCUUACUCCUAUGAUUUUUCUCUGAAUGAUUCCUCUUGCAACACAAUUCAGGAUGUGUUGCAUGAUUUGAAAUUGUAAAAAAAAAAACAGAGAAUACGGGGAAAGUUGACAGGUAUGGAUAGGGCCUGCAACGGAACCAUUGAAAAUGCAGGCACAAUGAGACACUGGAUCCUGCUGCUACAGCGGUGUCCUUGGCCUGUAUGCGACAAAACAAAACAGGGAGAGUUGACCACGUGCUGUCCAUGACUCCCUCGUAAGAAGGUGGCAGAUGGGAAGCCAACCCGGGUUGCCUGCGACCACUGAACCAUCAUUUAUUCUAGACGAGACUCUUUAUGCUCUGCCAUUUUGUUUGUAUUAAACCUUGUCACCGUCAGUUUACUGUCUACUGCUUCUGAGUUUCCUGUCUCUGACAAAUUCAAAUAACAUUUCUCAUCUACAAAGUCAGAACGUACAGUAGGCCUCAUGGUUCAUUGCUGCUGAUGCCGAAGGUACUGUUUAACUUGUAAAAUGUUUGACUAAAAUAUGAAUAAUGCAUGAUUAAGUGGCUGUGACCUGGAAUGGAACUCUGAACGGUCCAUAUUUAUUAUAUCCACUAACGCUGACUGCUGAAGGCCGCCUUCAUGUCCACCUCACUGUCAGCCGGUUGAGUGUGUGCACUGACUGCCAGACAAGGAGCUGGCUUUUUGGUUUCGAGACUUCUAGUCAAGACCUUCACACACUUUGAGUUUUCAUUACCAACUUUUCUUGAUGUGACAUGCAAAUGUAUGCAUCGCUAAACACAAUUGUUAUUUAAAAACAACCUGUAAAAAGUCAAAGUUUUGGUUCCUGUAACCAUCAGUUUCAUUGAUUAUUUAGGAGGGGACAUUGUUUAUUCUGUCGACGGUCAAGAGCCUUUAUCAAAGGUGUUUCUCAACUGCUGCUGGGAAGUCAUGUGAAUGCGCUUGUGUGAGUUCACAGGGAGGAGGAUUGAUGGAAUCACCACGGAAGAUAAAAACCCAGAUGCACCAGAGGAGGACAGAUUCCAUGACAGCAGCUGGACAUCACAGCAGGAUGGGUGGAAGUGGACUGUGGCUGCUGGUGCCUGUGGCCUUCGCCUGCUUCUCUUCUCUGGCAGAGGCAGCUCCUUUGUUCUUGAUGUCAGCUCCCAGCAUCCUGCGAGUGGGCUGGCCUGAAAAUAUCUUUGUGGAGUGUCAGGACUGCUCUGGUGGCGAAAUCGGGGUCAAUGUCUACGUGAGGAGUUAUCCAACAAAGGCCUCCACUCACGCAGAGUUGACGGUGAACCUGAAUGCAGCAAACAAAUUUCAAGGAUUCGCCCAAGUCACGAUCCCUGCCGAGGGCUUCAGCAAGGAUCCCAAUGCUACCCAGUUUGUGUACCUUCGGGCCCAGUUUCCUGACCGACUACUGGAGAGAGUGGUCAUGGUCACUUUCCAGGCAGGCUACAUGUUUAUACAGACUGACAAGACCCUCUACACACCCAACACCAAAGUCUACUACAGGGUGUUUGGCUUGACGCCCCAAAUGGAAACAAUGGGAACAAUUGCCUACGUGGACAUUGAGAUAAUGACACCUGAAGGACAUGUUGUGCACGAUGAUCAACUUGCUCUGAAUUCGGGGUUACUGAAUGGUGAAUAUCAACUGGGUGAAUUAGCCAGCCUUGGAGUGUGGAAAGUUGUCACCCGGUUCCAGGACAGCCCACAGAAAAAGUACAUUGCAGAGUUUGAGGUCAAAGAAUACGUGCUCCCCAGCUUUGAUGUUAAACUGAUGACUUGGCGACCAUUUUAUUUUAUUAAUGAUCCUGAACUUACUAUCGACAUCCGGGCCACGUAUCUGUUUGGAAAAGAAGUGGAGGGCGUCGCAUAUGUGAUAUUUGAGAUCGACACAGAGGACCGGAGGAUCGGUUUGCCAGGUUCACUGCAGAGAGUUCAGAUCGAGAAAGGCAAAGGCACAGUGACUCUGAAGAGAGAGCACAUCACCCAAACGUUCCCGAACAUUCAAGAGCUGGAGGGAAAAUCUAUCGUUGUAGCUGUCAGGGUGCUGACAUCGACGGGCAGUGACAUGGUGGAACAGGAAUUGAAGGGGAUUCUAAUCGUGUCAUCACCGUACACCAUCAACUUCAGAAGAACGCCCAAAUACUUCAAACCAUCACUGUCUAUGGAUGUUUGGGUUGAAGUCCUCAACCCGGAUGGCAGCCCUGCGGGGAACAUUCCUGUCACAGUGAAUCCUGGCCGGCGUCUGGGUGUUACCAAUGACGAUGGCAUUGCCAAGGUUCUAAUUGAUACCGCUUCAGGUGACACAAGACUGAGGAUCAGUGCAGCAACAAAUGACCCCAACAUUCAGGGCCACCAAGCGACAGCUACCAUGGAAGCAACAGCCUAUCAGUCCAACGGCCGCAACUAUAUCAGCAUUUCGGUGAACACAGAAGCCAAGUUGAAACUGGGAGGCAACAUGAAAGUCACUUUGAACAUGAACAUGCAGAACAACAAAGACAACAUCGACAUCACAGUCCUGCUCAUGAGCAAGGGACAGCUGGUGCGCUUCAUCCGCAAAAAGAAGCAAGGCAUCAUGAGAAACCUCAUCAUUCCCAUCACCAAAGAGCUGGUGCCGUCCUUCCGAAUCAUAGCUUACUACCACGCUGCUGAAAAUGAGCUGGUGUCUGACUCCGUUUGGGUGGAUGUUCAUGACACCUGCACAGGGACGCUGAAGCUGGAAUUGGUUGGUGGCCCUCAAACAUUCAAACCCCGUAGAUUGUUCAGUCUGAAGGUCACCGGAGAUCCAGGAGCAGCUGUGGGACUGGUGGCCGUGGACAAAGGAGACUACGUUCUUAACAACAAACACCGGCUCACACAACAAAAGAUUUGGGACCUGGUGGAGAAGCAUGACACUGGCUGUACCCCUGGUGGAGGGAGGGAUGCCAUGAAUGUCUUCUAUGAUGCAGGACUUCUUCUUGAGUCCAGCACUGCAUCUGGAACCCAGCACAGGAUAGAGUUCAAGUGUCCAACGCCCAACAGGAGAAAACGAUGGCUUGACGCUGAUGACGACAGCUACAUAGACAGUAAUGACAUUAGGUCUCGCUCCAAGUUCCCUGAGAGCUGGAUGUGGUCAUACAUCCAUCUUCCAGCAUGCGCCCCAGGAGAGCACUAUUGUGAAACAAAGUCUAUUCAGAAAGAUUUUCCACUUCAGGAUUCAAUCACAACCUGGCAGGUGACCGGCAUCAGUCUGUCCAAAAGCAACGGAAUAUGUGUCGGUGAUCCACUUGAGGUGAUCGUGGAGAAGUCAUUUUUUGUUGAACUCAAAUUGCCUUAUUCAGCUGUCAUUGGGGAGCAAAUUGAAAUCAAAGCAAUCCUCCAUAACUAUCGGGACAAGGGUGCUACGGUGCGAGUGGAUCUUAUAGAGAAGCCGCAUGUGUGCAGUUCAGCAUCCAAACGCGGGAAAUACAGGCAGGAAGUGAUAGUUGGACCACAAUCCACCAGAUCUGUCCCAUAUGUCAUCAUUCCCAUGAAGGAAGGAGAGCACCAGAUCGAGGUCAAAGCUGCUGUGAGAGACACCGCGUUCACAGACGGUAUCCAGAAGCCGCUUCGUGUGGUGUCCAGAGGCGUCCUGGUAAAAUCUCCUCUGAUAGUGCAUCUUGAUCCUGCUAAAGAAGGUGUCGAUGGCAAGCAGACGAUAUCUCUCAACAGUGGAAUCCCCAAGAAAGACAUCGUCCCAAAUUCACCCACCAACACAUAUAUCUCAGUGACAGGCAGAGAGGAUUUAAGUGUCGUGUUGGAAAAUGCAAUUCGAGGAACCGCAAUGGAGCAAAUGAUUUACCAACCAUCAGGCUGUGGAGAGCAGAACAUGAUCCACAUGACUCUGCCUGUCAUUGCGACCUUGUACCUGGACAGAACUAACCAGUGGGAAGAUGUUGGCUUGACCAAACGUGAUGAAGCAUUGCAACACAUCAAAACAGGAUACUCAAGGCAACUAACGUAUCGUAAAAAUGACGGCUCCUUUGCUGUGUGGGCAAACAGACCAAGCAGCAGUUGGUUGACUGCUUACGUAGUCAAGGUGUUUGCCAUGGCAGAGAGGCUGAUUCAACUGAAAAACAGCGACAUUUGUGAUGCUGUCAAGUAUCUGAUCCUCAGAACUCAACAGCCUGAUGGAAUGUUCCAAGAAAUUGGAAGAGUGUAUCACGGAGAAAUGAUUGGAGAUGUGAAGGGCGGAGAUUCAGAUGCCUCCAUGACAGCGUUCGUCCUCAUUGCGUUGCAGGAGUCUCACACACAUUGUAAUGCAUCCAUUGGGCAGAGUCUACCAGGGGCAAUAGAAAAAGCAGUCACCUACCUGGAGGGGCGCUUGCCUUCCCUCACUAACCCUUAUGCAGUUGCCAUGACGUCAUAUGCUUUGGCCAAUGAAGGAAAACUGCAGAAGGAUGUGCUCUUCAGGUUUGCAGCUGCAGACCGAACCCACUGGCCUGUUCCAAAGGGGCGUGUCUACUCUCUCGAGGCCACUGCUUAUGCUCUUCUGGCCCUGGUGAAGGUCAAGGCUUUUGAAGAAGCCAAACCUAUCGUGAGAUGGUUCAGCCAACAGAAGAAGGUGGAUGGUGGUUUCGGAUCCACUCAGGCGACUAUCAUUGUCUAUCAGGCCGUGUCGGAAUACUGGGCCGAUGCAAGACAGCCACAGUAUGAUCUGAAGGUGGACCUCUUGCUGCCAGGAUGGUCCACACCUGUCGUGUUCAAUUUUAACAGAAGAAACAAUAAUAUCACGAGAACAACCAAGUUCAACGAGAUCAACAAAAACGUGGAUGUGGUCGCGACCGGCACAGGAGAAGCCACUCUGAUGAUGGUGUCGCUGUAUUACGCCAUACCAAAAGAAAAAGAAAGUGACUGUGGGAAGUUUAAUUUGUCGGUGCAGCUGAUCCCACUUCUGACGAAACACUGUAAUGAAGGAGUGGUGAUGGGCUGCUCUUCUUCUCCCCCAGACACUAUUGAAGACGAAGAAGAAAUUUUCAGGCUGAGGCUUGAUGUUUUGUACAAACAUCCAGAUUUGGAUGCAACCAUGACAAUUUUGGACAUCGGCCUGCUGACUGGCUUCCUCCCCGAAACAAAGGACCUGGACGCGUUGGUCAGAGGAAAGGCUGCAGUUAUUUCAAAGUACGAGAUGAACAGAUUUCUGUCGGACAGAGGUUCUCUCAUCAUUUACCUGGACAAGGUUUCUCACAAGCGUCCAGAAGAGAUCACAUUCAGGGUCCGUCCCACAAUGAAGGGUGGCAUUUUACAACCAGCUGCCGUGUCCGUCUAUGAAUACUACGACCAGACGCCAUGUAUGAAGUUUUACCAUCCGGAAAGAAAAGAUGGAAAGCUGCUCAGGCUCUGUACCAAAGAUGAAUGCAAGUGUGCUGAAGAGACCUGCAGUAUGCAGCAGAAAGGUGAAAUCAACAACAACCAGCGACUAGCCAAGCUGUGUGAGAGCACAGAGACCAACAGCAUAGAUUAUGCGUACAAAGUGUCUGUGGAGUCAUUUUCCGAUGCUUUGUCCACCGAUGUUUACACAAUGAGAAUCAUGCAAGUCAUCAAAGAAGGAAGCCUGGACUUGAACAUUCAAGGAGAACUGCGCAAGUUCCUUGGUUAUCCAUACUGCAGGGGGAGUUUCGAUUUGCAUCUUGGUAAAACCUACCUCAUCAUGGGUUCAUCCAGUGACACGUACAAAGAUGAUACGGAUGGAACGUACCAGUAUGUGCUGGGGGAGAAGACAUGGAUCGAAUACUGGCCCUCACCCACCGAGUGUCAGGAGGAUCUGCACAGGAGUGCGUGUCUGGGUAUAAGAAAGAUGGUCAACAAAUACCAACUCGUGGGAUGUGAGCUGUAAUGUGUCCUGACAUGAAAUCAAACAAGAACCAUCUUUAAAUGAUGUUGCUUCCCUCACUGUGUUGUGAAAAGUAAACAUCAAUGCUUUUGCAGAUUGAUCACUUCAAUCCAGCCUCGCUGGAUUCAUUCCUGUUUUACUCUUACUUUAUGUAAAAAGUGUCAAUAUUAGUCUGACUGACCUGUUUGGCACGGAAAUUUAAGAUAAUCUUAAAAUGGCCAGAAAAUAAGACACAAGAAAUUGCGACUAUAACAUUGAUUUUUUAUUUUAUUUUAUUGAUUUAGAUCAAGUGCUACCAUUACAUUAGAUUUGUUGUGUCCUUAUUUGUCAUUUGUGAAAAGAUAAAUAUUAGCGAAAGUACACCAGUCUGACUAAGCAACUGCCCACCAGUGAGACUUUGUUAUUGGACAUUCCCCAGAACCCUGUUCUGGUAUCGAAUUAAAAAACAUAAGCCACUCCAUUGACGUCCAUACUGUUGCUGGUCGACAAGACUAGCGGUAUUCACACACGUCUGAGAACAAUGGUUACAGUACGUAACCUUCAGUGUGCUCAGCCCUUGAGUGAGGCUUCACAACUGUAUAACCCAAGAGCAGGGUUCGGCAAACUCAAAGAGCCAUUUCGACCCGGUUUCCACAGGAAAGACAGCACUGGGAGCUGCAAGCACUUUUGACAUCUCAUAUGUUAGCACAUACACAUAUUGUUUAUUUUGCAUCAGUUUGACAACAGCACAAUAAAUCCUCGGGAUUUUAAUGUCUUGAAAAUAUUUGUAUAAGAAUUUCAGUUUUAUAAGAAUUUCAAGUCCAUUCAGAGUAGUGGAAACCCUGGCCAUUGUGUAGUGAAAAACAUCCCUGAACCAAAGCAAACAGAUGCUUUUGUUUGCUUUUGUUCAGGGAUUCCUCCAUGUUUGUUGUUGUUUCAUUUUGUUUCAUUUCAUUUCAAACACGCAGGGAGAGGGAAAAAAAACGAGAACAGACAACAGUUGUAAAUCUACAACCCUGAGAGAACCGGGACAACAGAAAAUAUCACUCGGAUCUAAAACUCACAAGGCUAUAAUCAAACUAAGGAUGCUCGGUACAGGUAAAAACACACACUCACACCGAGGAAAAUAAAUACCAUGCAGGCAGAACUAAAAUAGCGAGCACACAAACACUCAAACACACUAUCACGGAGUAAGAGCAGACGGGAGGAGCGAGAGUAAAACCACGGAGCGAGAGAUAGAGCAAGGAGCGAAAACAGGGAGAAUAAACAAGGGACAAGCUUUCAGCUGCGUUUGCCAUUAAGAUGGAACACAACAGAUAAAAACAGGAAGCACGGAACCGGGAACACUGGGAGUAACAAAUUAAAAGCACGGACGGGACACGAAAGAAAACACAGCUCGGGUUUGGAAAUCCACCUCCUGUGUAUCUCUGUGCGUCCGUUCACUCAUGAGAAAGACUACCAAGAAACCAACAAGUGACAUCCAAGAAAUGUAUUCCCUGACAGAGGAGUCUAAUACAUGAGCAGAAUUCUGGGUCAGCAACUACGCCUGACUUAGCCUUAGCAGUCGUCCGGUAGAGCGACAAAAAACUAUCUGAGGUCUUGACCCCUUUAUACACCAAAGUUCUCCACGUGGACUCCGUCCUCGUCCGAUUGGUCCUCCGCUGUUGAUGCCAUGCCAAGGAUCACAAGACACGCUCCCCUCCUUUGGACCCAGGUGGUUCUUAUCGGCACCAGCUCCAUCCAGCCCUGGAGAAGACGGUACUUUCCAGCCUGACCUUGGACCUGCCAACAAGUUACAAUGUCCGCUCAUGCCACCAGUGUCUGCUUCACUCCCGCCAUUGUACUCCACCUGUAGCUUCUCUCUUUCUCACGCACACUCAACCAUCCUCUUCUCAUUCAGCAUUCCUCCGUCUGUGCAUCACUUCCUUUAUUAGCAGCACAAGCAAUUCCAACAAUAUUAAUAUUGUAUAAUAAAUGCACAAUUCCCAUCGCCACCUGAGUCUGAAACUUUUGAAAACAUCUGGAGUAGAGACUUUCAUAAAUGCAUUCAAUGAAUUCAAUGCAUUCACAUUUUUCAGUUGUCCUUUUGACAUAAUAGUUGCUGCAUUCUGCAAAGUUUGUCUAUAUUGUGCCUCUGAAAAGGCACAGUCCAACCGUGUUUCACAAAUAAAUGAAUUUACAUUUCAUUUAUUAAAUGAACACAUUUUGAACUCCACAUCACAGAGUGGAAGGUAGGUGUCUUUCAAAUGAAUUUAAAGGCUGAACAUAACUUAUCCAUCGUGGAAAAAAAAAAACAUACCGUGAUAAAUACAAUGGAAAAAAAGAGCAGCAUUUCACUGAACAAUGAAAAUAAACAUUGCAAAAUAACUGCCUGAAAAUUAAUUUUACCUGGUUAAUGGGACCUCUGCUCCUGAACCACACAGCGUCUGCAAAUCAGGGCUGUAGGAAGCCAUUUUCGUCUGCAAGCUGCUGUCUGUGCGGCGUGCGCGGCCCAGCAACAGUUAGAUCGCCACAUUAUUUAUUGAAGUAAAUCCGUCUGCCGUUUAACUCAGAUGUUUAUCAGCCUAAUAAAGGCGAAAUCAUGUGACUUUUCAAACACCCGCACACAUAGCGAGUCCCGGACCACUGCACUGCACUCCUGUUCCCCAGCACCAGCCUCCUGCAGCUGAGGGUGCACACUUCAGUGUUCUGGGAGUUUGCAAAGUUGCAGACAGCGAUCAGACCCUUUACUGCCUGGCAUUUAUCAUGUUUAUCUGCAGUCAUGCUGUACACCUUGUUUCUGGUCAUCUGGUGGCCUGAAGCAAGUAGGCGGUCAAAACCCGACUCACUCGCGUUCACAUGUCGGACUUUAGAGCCCAACGCAUAAGACAGAGUGUGCAGUGUGAAAAGCCCCUGAUUUUCCCUAGCCACGCAGAGCAGCAACAUUAGCAUGAAAGAUCCGCGGGUUGCCAGCCCCUGCCCAAGAGCGAAGCAAGGGGAGAAAUGUACCCUCAGCUUGCAGCCACUGGCCAUGUAAGCAUGCCUCCGCACCUAGCGACGACACCGCCCCCUGCGGACCGAACCAGCAGCACACAAACUCCUAACAGAGAAACACUCUAGGCAUAGGAGAAGGUGGGAGACAACAGGUUUAGUCCCAAGCUCUUGCUCCGAGCGACUGUGAUGGCAAAAGUCAUAGAAUUUAUUUCGGGCCCUUUGAGGGUCCCACAGGGCUUCGGCUAUGCACGCUAAGUGAGGACGAACACCGGGGUUAAAUCACGGAACACAUGCUCUGAAGCCGGACACCUAGAUCUACCACAGCAAUGGGGGGUACAGCAAGAUGCUUGGUGAACACAGAAUAAGGCUCCUAACUAAACCUGAAAAAGAACACAGUUGCGACACCAAGACAGACAAUGUACUGGAAAAUGAUAACAAAGAUAACAUAUAUAAAAGCGCUUGCAUUGCAUUUACCAUGUGCAGCAAGUUUUAAAAUAAAUAAUUCUUCCUUGUACUCUUCUGUUCUUACUUGGUGGUAAUUCUGAUUCCUCCAUGCUUACUUCUAUGAUUUUUCUCUGAAUGAUUCCUCUUGCAACACAAUUCAGGAUGUGUUGCAUGAUUUGAAAUUGUAAAAAAAAAAAACAGAGAAUACGGGGAAAGUUGACAGGUAUGGAUAGGGCCUGCAACGGAACCAUUGAAAAUGCAGGCACAAUGAGACACUGGAUCCUGCUGCUACAGCGGUGUCCUUGGCCUGUAUGCGACAAAACAAAACAGGGAGAGUUGACCACGUGCUGUCCAUGACUCCCUCGUAAGAAGGUGGCGAAUGGGAAGCCAACCCGGGUUGCCUGCGACCACUGAACCAUCAUUUAUUCUAGACGAGACUCUUUAUGCUCUGCCAUUUUGUUUGUAUUAAACCUUGUCACCGUCAGUUUACUGUCUACUGCUUCUGAGUUUCCUGUCUCUGACAAAUUCAAAUAACAUUUCUCAUCUACAAAGUCAGAACGUACAGUAGGCCUCAUGGUUCAUUGCUGCUGAUGCCGAAGGUACUGUUUAACUUGUAAAAUGUUUGACUAAAAUAUUAAUAAUGGAUGAUUAAGUGGCUGUGACCUGGAAUGGAAC